AUGAAUCCUGAAGGUAUACCGUUUGAAUUUCCUGAUAGAGUUUUUCCAGGACAACUGAUAUGCCCUGAGUAUGAGGUUAAACAGCAGGAUGAGGUGGAUUUAGUUUUCAAGUUUAAUAGUGGACAAGGAACUAGGUUUCAGAGUUUCAAAUAUGAUGGCACGACUGUCAAUGCAAUCACAGCAACAUUAGUAGGGAAUGUCAAAAUUACUGAGACUACUUGCGACUCAACCGCUAAUGCUGAUCAGAAAGCAUCUGAGGAAAAGCUUCAAUCUCAAGGAGAAGUUCGUAAGAGGAUUGUUAAAGACAUGGUCGUUUCAGUGGCCCAAAAUGACAUUUCAGAGACCAAAUGCAAUGUCAAUGAUGACUUUGCCAAUAAUCUACCGAAGGAAGAUGACAUCGUCCUUACGCGAGUGACAAGAAUAUCAUUACAGAGGGCAAAUGUUGAAAUCCUCGCGGUGGAAAAUCAAGCUGUACCUGUAGAUAGUGGUAUUGGUAGUAAUGGCUCAGGAAUUGUUGCAGCUGGUGGAGGAUCUGGCGCUGCCACUUUCUCCAUUGCCCAAGCUUCAUCCGAUCUUGGUGAAACUUUCAGAGGUCUUAUCAGAUCCCAAGACGUAAGAGCCACUGAGAGAGACACCGUCAAAAUAAUAGACAGUUUCAAACCUGGUGAUAUUGUGCGGGCGCAGGUCCUGUCUUUGGGUGAUGGGACGAACUACUACCUCACUACUGCAAGAAACGACCUAGGAGUUGUUUUCGCUAGGGCAGUAAACGGAACCGGAGGGCUCAUGUAUGCCAUUGAUUGGCAAACAAUGGCGGUUCCUAGCACCGGCGCUACAGAGAAGCGGAAGUGCGCCAAGCCAUUCUAA